AUGGCCGUCAGCAGACGGAUUGUGCCUGAUGCGAUCCCAUCGAAACCAAACCAUGACAAUGAGAAAGUAGACGAUACGAAUAUCAGAGAAGAUUGGAAGGUUGUCGAAUACCCUGUCGCAGAGCCUGUCGUAGAGCAACCUACCUUAGAGCAGCCCAUCGUAGAAGACACGGAACCAGAGGAACCAGGCUACCGUAGCCAGUUCACAUUCGACGUCGGCUGGGGAAGUUGGAGAACAACUGUAUUUGAAUGGGAUAUGACUGCCAGGUUUAAGGAGUCGUGA